AUAGACGUCCGAAACCGAAGGUACGCUGAAGGCUGUCGCUCUUCCUCUUUGUAUUAUCUUUACUCACUGCUUGUCUCUGCUGGAAAUAAAUACACCCGUAAAAAAUGUAGGCCGUGACGUCACUUUCGUGGAGUUUAUAAAUAUAUGCAGGCGCUCACAAAACUUUCAAUUUAGUUUCGUCUUUCAAACGGUGCAGAUCAGCGUGACCCUCGCUUCUGACGAUUGAUUUUUGUGUGGGGUGAAAACAGAGAGGAGAUUCAUAUUUCCAUUGGUAUCAGUGCACUCUUGUGCGAUUGGGAAGUGAGAGGAAAGUGAAUAAUUACUAAUAAGCAUACAUACAAACAAAUAAGCGUAAGAAGAAGGGGCAAGGCGCGAAAGAGUACGAUUUGUGGACAGACAGAGUGUGUGAAGACUACAAGGCAAACACAAAACUGAUUCGAGAGUACAUUUGGACGUUAGUAGUUUAGUGGUUUCAAUCUACGAGCGCCAAUUAGAUAAACCCCAGUGCGACGGUGAACGGUUUAUGUGUGUGUAGCGGAACAUUAUCGAUAAAAUAUUAUAUGCGGACAAAUAGCAAGGUACGCGAAAGCAGCAGUGCUAGCAGCGGCCGUUGUGAGUCAUCGGAUAUUUUUGAACAAGGAAGCGGUUCAGCGUUCAACGAAGCAACAACUUCUGGUUCAGUAGUCGAUCCGCUGAGGGCCAUCAAGAUUGAUACCAUGGCAGAAGCACAGCGUUUGAUUGGCAUUUCCCUGGCCAAGAUAGCUCAAUCGCGGGUCUGUCGAGGCGGAGUGUCCUUACAUAAAAAUUUGCUGGUGGCAACUGUCUUGCAAAAAGCACGCUACAUAUUCAUGGAAGAAGCUUAUCAUAUUGUGCAUGGGCAUUAUCUCCAGCAGAAUAAGUGCAUGGAGCUGGAGAUGGAAAAGCAGCGGAAUGCAGCAGCAGCAGCAGCCGCGGCAGCCGCUGCAGCGGCUUCAGUGAAUAAUGUUGACGACGAAAGUUGCAGUGAAAGUGAAGAUAGCGAUGAGUCGGAAUCUUAUGCAUCAAGUGAAAAUAAUGACGAAAGCGAUAGCGACGACAAGGAAAAUAGUCCGCCCACUUCCAGCAGUGGGGACGAUGAGUCGUCAUCGGUGUUGUACUUCGAUAUGGACGUGAAAAAGGUGGAAAAAUCAAGUGUCGAAAACAGCAACAAACGUAGGCGCGAAACCACGGAGUGGGAAACUGACGAGGCUGUUCAAUCAAUCUUACCCAAACGCUUGAAAUCGGAGCCCAGCAGUAAUUCAACUGAUGAGGGUGCUUCUAAGAACGAACCUGGAACUAUUCCAGAAUCACUCAACCACCAGCUAGAAGCGGAAGAUUUGUCACGGCAAGGUGAUUCUACCUUACAACAUACACCAUCUGUCGAGAGCAUUGAUCGGAUAACUUCGCUGGUUUCGAUAUUUAGCUUUGGCAACCUAAGCCGCUCGGUGUCCACGCCUGAUUUUUGUGCAGCACAAGCAAAAGAUUCUGAAAGCUCGCUGACUCAACUCCAGCAUACGCAGCGAGGUUAUCUAACUAUGACCGUAUAACUAUUGCUGCAACAAGCUUCACACUACGACGCCAAGUAUUAGAAAUUACAAAACUCAUACUCCUAUGAUCCGCGCACAUUGUGAUAUGUUAUGCAGUGGCACUGAGGCAGGUGCUACCGCUAACUAAACGAUCCAGGACAGCGCACUGUAAGCAUGGUGCUGAGCAAGGUGGCUCGUGAUCUCGUGCGAGAGGUACAAUUUACAUACACCUGACGACUAUGGCGGUUUUGCACCCGGACUGGUGCUAACCCGAGGUAUCAGCGUGAAUCAGUAUCAUCACGGUCAUCAUAUGUGUUGUUCGCGAUACGAACUAGACGCCUCUGAAAUGAUUAAUAUUUAUGACGCGUCAAGACGAAGUGAUCUGUUGCUAACCUGAAUUCAACGUAUCAACAUUUGAUGACUAAUUAGUAACUGUAGUGAGCAGGCAGGUGUGAAAAGGACUAUUAGAGCAGAUUAUACCAACAAUUGUUCAACGGUUUCUUGUCGAGUAAAAGUUAUUCAGCAGGAAAUUAAAAUCUCCUGUAAGCAAAGUUAGCGUAGUUCAAGCAGAAAUACGAAACGCAAUUCGUUCAGGGACAGCGAUCUUGCGAUGAAUAAUUGCGCCUCAUUCUAUUUACUACAUAUCUGUAGUGCUCCAUGCUCUUUUUUGCUCGCUCAUUACUACGUCAACCGAAAAGAGAGAUUGCACUACUAACAUCUUGAAAGAUUAAAAUCGGUUGACGAUGUACAAGUUCAAAUAAACUUGAUAUGUAUGUGAAAUGAAACGAAACCUAAUCGAAUAAAAACUGAAAAAAUCUAUUAGGCUUUGUUUACAUUUACAAUGCCAAAUACCGUUGAUAGUAAAUCAAACAUAAUCGUAACGACCAAACCUUGUAGUUAUCUACGAAGCUAUACGAAAUGUAACUGUUUAGCGGUAGCACGUGAGAAAUGAAGUACAUUUAAAACCAUUUUCGCGGUACGACCUAUAGCAUAAACUCUUUUGCUUUCUUUCUUUCUUUCGAUCGCCUUCUAAAGUGGUACCUGUACGCCGAUUGUAGACCAAAGGUGAUUGAUGGUGCCUAGCAGGAAACAAAAAAAAAAUGCACAAAAGAGAAAGAGUGCAGGCAGAAGAAACAUAGGCAUAACUGUUUCGUCUCUACGUCAGCUCCCGUUGAUCGCACGAUAGUCGAAACAUAAGCAUUGAUGAAGAAAAACCGCUGCAGAGAGUUUUAUUGGCGAGAGUUUGUCCACGAGCUUCAAUAUGUUGUUGCUUCGCCAUCGCUGGCGAUGGUGUGCUGCUGCAUAUCUUUUUCUCUCCGUCCGUUACGCGGAGUGCGAUGAACUCGCUUAAGUAACGUCACAUCUAUUCGUAUUUUUUUCUCUUUUCGGUGUCAAUAUAAUGGUCCACCGUGUGCCCACUCGGCAUGCUGAGGAUACGUAGUUUGUCUUGCUACCGCUGCUGUGUUUACUGGUAAAUAACCCACCCUGCAGCUAAAUAAUGCACUGUGAAAGUCUAAAUGUCUAAAGUCUAAAUAAGUUUAUCUAUUUGCCUUCGAUUUGGACGUGCAAAUCUUAAACAUAUGUUUUGAACCUGGCAAAACUAUACGCCAAUAAUAUGUAACAUUGAAGAGUAACCCCACUUCAAGUGCCAAUAUAUCUGUAGUGCGCAAUCAUUCUCACGUAACGCUCUCUGACAUGAAUUCAAACCAGCACAGGAAAAAAACAUUUCGAAUGCCUUUGUCGAGAUACAAGCGUGCCAGUAGACGAAGCAAUUAUUGACCGAUUAUGUAAACGUUAGGGUUUCGAGCUUCAUUGGCGAUACUACUUUGAGUUGAUCAAAACAAUACGAUGCGGAGUGAAAUAAGUAUGGUUUCGUUUUAAAAUGGCAGCAAUGGUUCAGAACUUCUACAGGUAACUGACCACUGAACUGCAAGGUCGUGCGAUGCGAUGAUAAUUAACUUUGAACUUUAUCCUCGUCAAAUAAUAAUUCAUAGUUUUAAUUGAGAGUAAACGAAGUGGUACUUUAGCUCUGUACUUUUAAAUAGUGUUAAGCGUUAAAAUAUAAUUGAUUAUUAACUCCGUUUUAGGAGCAUUUAACAUGUAAAAUUUCCAUUUAAAUGCGAUUCAACGUUAACUUAUUGAAUAGAACAUAAACUGUACGAUAGUGUAAUAAAGCGAGUUUUAAUAUAUGGUAUAUAUCUAUAUGAAUUUUA